AUGGACCGUUUUCACGACCCUCGUCAUUCAGCCCACCAGCAGGGCCUUGUUCUACCGACACAGUCGUUCCAGAACCAGAUACAUGAACUGGCAAAGACCCUCCCUCCACCCAGAAAGCAGAACACCGCCUGCGACGCUUGCAGGUCGAGAAAAGUUAAGUGUAACAAGCUCCCGGGUCAGGAGAAGUGUCAAGUAAGCCAUUCCGUCCUCGUUCGUCCAGAAAAACCUCUUGAACUUGGUUGGCCUCAGCAUUGCCUGUCCAAAAACUACCCUUGCACACACUAUGUGCAACAGGCUACUAGUGAGAAGAAGCGUAAUGCUGCUCUUUCGCGGAGACCGAGAAACCUAAGCUCAGGACCGCACUCUGUCUCCAAAUAUCCGUCCCCCGUGCACGACAUUCUUUCCCAUUCUCCCGUGUCUGCCCUUGCCCAGCUCCCACUCAACGUGAGAUAUGGCUUCCAACCCCGUCUGUCUGUCGAUUCGCCCACAAAGGACGUCCUGGCCUAUAUUUUUGCGCCACCAGACUCUUCCAGCGCUAAUGAAUUCUCCCCUAUCAUUCCCAUCCGACCUCAUUCCCCUUACGACGCUUGGGGCGAGGUUGCCUCGAAAUUGGACGAUGAAAGUUUUAGAGCUGAGUUCGCGUAUGAUCUCGUGGAAGUAUUCUUCCAGAUCGUACAUACACGCCUCCCCCUUCUUAACCCCGCCCAGUUUCGUAAUAGACUGGGUAUAACGGCCAAAAAUAAGCCACCGGAGCCUCAUUCCCUCAACCACGAUAGCCGGCCUCUACAUCCCGCCCUUGUGGCCACUGUUGUAGCUUGGGGCAGCAAAUUCUCGGAGCAUCCUCUCCUCGUCGCGGACCGUAAAAGGCCAAGCGGCCAAAGUCUUCUCGCAAAAACGCUCGUUGAUCGCGCCCGAGAUCUCGCGGAAGCUUUGAAGGUGCACCGCAUCCCGUCGUCUGACCACGUUGUCAUUUCGUUACUUAUCGAGCCCCUACAAAGCCAAAACCCCGAGGAUCCAAACGGCUACCAUGGCUUUUGGUUGACAGCUGCCACCCGCCAUCUUCUCGGACUCGGAAUCAAUCACAAGUCCACAAUGGCCAACCUACCGGAUAAGGAAAGCCGAGGGACAAUGAUCUUCGCGUGGUGGAUGACCUGCAUUUCAGAUGCGUACGCAAGUGCAUAUUACCGUCGAAAACCUAUCCUGGACGACGACGACUACGACAUUGACUUUUACACUGUCGGCCCUUCUCCCGAAGAGACCUCGGACCCCGCAAACCCGGCGCCAUCAACGAGAGAGCAGUUGGAGUUCCUGGGCUACUAUCGCGCCGCCCAUUCACUCGCCCGGACUGCACGCCAAAUGUCGAGAACAUUGUGGAAACCAUCAACAGACGCUGACGGCGUCCCGUUCGAGGCGCUGACAAGCUUCACUGAAGCAUUGGUUGAAUGGCGCACCAAUUAUCUCAGUCUUGUUGGAGUUCCCAACAAUUAUGACGGCGAAUGGGAUUUCGUUUCGGCGGUAUCUUCCUGUGCAAGUGAUGCAACGUACCAUGUCAUGUGGAUCAUCCUAUUCUCUGCUCUGGAUGACUUUGGCGUCAAAGAAUUGAACCAACGUGCGACACCGCCGCCAAAUGCGGCCCAGAUCGAGGCUGCCAAACAGAAGGUGGUCGAAGAGGCUUUGCAAGGUGCUCUUCGAAUAGCAGGCUUGGCUGCCGUUCUGACUUCAAACGGAUAUCUACGUCUGGAUCCUGCGGUAAUGCACGUCAGUUGCAUUCACGCAGGAACCUUCCUCGCGCGACUCGGCCGACCGGAGGUUUCCAACUGCAUCGCCGGAUUAGAGCAGUACAGUCAUUCUUACGAGGAAGCAGGGGAUCAAGCUCAAGAAUUACGACGCAUUUUCAAUACAGCUAGGAAUGGGGAGCUGGAACUUAAUCAUAUGGCCUCGGUAGCCCCGAAGCCCUUGGCUUCUGCCCAGCUUGCAAUCCAGGUGCAUCGACAGCAUCAACCAGAACAACAUCAACAGCAUCAUCACCACCCACAGUCAGUUCCGUCGGGAACAACGCCUCAAGGACAUGCGAUGGCCAUCGACGAUCCGACCAGUACAACUUCACAUUCAACGAAUGGAUCGGCAUAUCCAACACCGAACAAUUCGUAUGGGAGUUUUGUCCGAUGA